AUGGCGGAGACAGCGAUCGCCGCGGUGCUCUCCAAGUUCGGUGAGCUCGCCGCGAAUGAGGCCAAGGUGCUGAUUCAGGUGGGCGAUGACAUGAUGCUGCUGCGAGACCGGCUGGAGUGGCUGCAGGCCUUCGUCCGGGACGCCGACCGCAAGCGCCGGGCCGGCACCGACGGGCUAACCUGCGUGUGGGUGCGCCAGACACGCGACGUGGCUUUCGAAGCGGAGGACGCGCUCGACCAAUUCUUCUACGAGGUUGACCUAAGAAGUCACGGUUACCCACGUUGGAAAAUUUGGCGUGCACAUUUGAUGGGCUUCGGUAACCAAAUUCUUGUUCGCCAUAGGUUAUCUAAUCAAAUCAAAAGAAUCAAGAGCAGACUCAACCAAAUCUCAGAAAAUCAAAGGGAAUAUAUGAUUGCGCAUACACCGUUAGCGGCAUUGACAUCUUCCACUAUAGCCAUUGCGGCCUGGCGGGAUGACUAUAAGAAUUCGGUGGGCUUUGACGCUGAUGUGCUGUAUCUUGAGAAACUGCUGCUUGGUGAAGCUGAACGUCCGCUAACGUUCAUCCCCAUAGUUGGGGAAAGUGGUGUUGGAAAGAGAACACUUGGAAAAGUUCUCUCUUCAAAGCUGAUGGACAAAUUCUUGCCUUUAAUCCGGCUCACUGUGCCACAGGGAUGUACCCCGAAUCUUCUCUUCAAAGAAGUCUUGGAGCGUCUAGAAGAACAGCGCGAAGAGGAAGAAAAUGCAGACUGUGGCCAGCCAUAUGAAUGCAACAGUAAUCUAACUGACAAGAUCCGUCACCUUCUUGGUAAUAAGAAGUACUUGUUGGUUCUUGGUGGCAUAUGCUCCAAAGCCAUGCUCAACUGUUUGAAGGAGAGCCUGCCUGAUAACAAGAAUGGCAGCGGGGUGAUACUGACGUUCGACGGUGAGGAUGAAGAACUGGCAUGGCACGCAGAUACCAUGAACAGGGAGGGCAUCAGCGGAAUCCACCAGUUGAGCCGUUUGAAUAAGGAAAGAAGCGGAGAACUCUUCCGUUCAAGGGCCUUCAAGACAGAAAAGUCAGAUGAAGAGGGCUACAAGAGCAAGUACGACCAGAUCGUGUACGAUAUAACAGGGGGCUAUCCUCUGGCAAUAGUGGUUCUUGGCGGACUCCUUCGAUUCAAAGAGAGGCCGGGUCAGUUGGAAGCUGUUCUGCAACAGCUUAGACCUGCACCUGGUAUGGAAGCUGUGCUACAAGUACGCAGACCUGGACCUGGAAUGGAAGCAGAAGGCGGCAAAGAUUGUAUGCAUUGUCAUAUUAGCCCUCCUCCAACACAAGUUGAUCUGUCCAGCACAAGAACGGCGAUGGAGAGGGUCUUCUGGGCGAGCUUUGAAGAUCUCGCCAACGACCUCAAGUCGUGCUUCCUCUACUUUGCUGCUUUCUCCAAGAACAUAGGAUUCUAUGCCGACGAGGUCGUGCGGAUGUGGAUCGGCGAGGGCUUCAUCAAACCGCAAAAGGGCAAGACCAUAGAGGAGUUGGGCCACGGCUACCUCAAGGAACUGGUCUUGAGAUGCCUUGUUGACAUCCUGGAGAUGGUUGACGGUGACAUUAAGAUAAUCAAGGUCCACCCAAGACUCCAUGUGUUCCUGCAGUCAGAGGUUCGCGAGGCCGGCUUUGUUGAGCUUCACGACACGAAUGAUGUGUUUGUGUCACCAUCAGUUCGCCGCCUCUCUUUCCGCAGUUUUGAUAGAAAAAAAGUCAAGUUCACCAAGAAGCUCCCUAAGCUACGCUCCUUCAUUUGCCGCGUGGAGGAGAGUGAGCCAGAACAGAGGAAUGAUCGUUUCUAUGAUCUCAACUUUCUGCGUGGAUCCAAGUUCCUCCGUCUAAUCUAUGUGAAUGGGUUGAGGCUCUGUGAAUUGCCCCAUGACAUCGGAAAAAUGAUUCAUUUGCGGUACCUAUAUGUUCGCUGCAAGGACCUCAAGGAGCUCCCGCGCAGCAUUAAGGGGCUGCUCAACUUGCAGACUCUGGACAUAAGGGAGACUCUAGUCGACAAGAUUGACCCAGGCUUCUGGAAGAUAAAGACACUCCGACAUGUGCUCGCAGAGCAGCUCACGCUUCCAAAAACCCUGGACCUGGAGGAUGAACUGGAAGAGCUGCAAACGCUGCAUGGUGUGAAGCCCCCGGGAGGAGAAUGGAAUCAAGAGAAUUGUCCACUGCGCAAGAUGACCAAACUCCAGUCGCUCCAUUUGCUCGGAAUCGAGCAUGGUAGACACGGAGCUGCACUGGAGAGUGCUCUUAAGGAGAUGUGUCUCCUUGUGGACUUGAGUCUCCAAGGUGAUGUCAUCCCUCAAUGCGUCUUCACUGGAGAGGGCCUCCAAUACCUUGAGACGGUACAGCUGGAUGGCUCGAUGCGGUGGCCUCACGUCUCAUCCAAUGUUUGCAAGGACCGACCAAACCUAGCUCAGCUUAUACUGAAAAAAAGCAAUGACGCGGAGCUGGAGAAGAUGGGCUUCACGAGCUUUGGUACCGUACCAGGUGUUUAUCGGCGUCCCAGCAAACAAGGAGAAAGUGCUGCGGCAAACCAGAACGCUGAGCACAAAGAUGAAGCAAGCUCCAGCGCAAAGGAACAACCGGAAUUCCAAGGUGAGGAAGCUGAAGCAAUACCAGAAGACCGAGGCCUUCAGGGACAGAAGAUGAUGCAAGUUCGCAAACAAAAGGGAGAGAUGAUGCAGACCAUCCCUCGGUGCCACCCUAGGCCUCCAGUCCGGCCGCCUAUGCCUCCAGUGCGGGCUAGGCCUCCAGUCCCGCCGCCUAUGCCUCCGGUGCGGCGUAUGCCUCCAGUCCCGCCGCCAGUGGAGAAUAUUGCUCGAAGGCGCAGCAGCCACAGAACCUAA